ACUUCUGACAGGAGCAGGAAGUAACCAGGAAUUAGAGGAAGAGUUUAGGAAAUACCCAACGUUUAGUUAGUAAACUAGCUAUUUAUCUAGCUUGCCGACUGGGGCUAGAUAUUUGGCGUACAAAGCAAACAUAUUCGUGUCGCUUGUGAAAUGGCGAUGUACCGAGAAGCGUGUUUUUCACUCUUCGUAGCUGCACUCCUGAUUGGCAUUUGCGAUGCCAGAAUACACCACCUUGUGCUGAAGAAUGAAACCCGCUUCGUCAUCCGUCUCAACACCUUUGGCUUCUACGCUAACGGCACCCUCGACGUCAACCUCAAGGCCCUCACCCUCAACCUCAAGGCCCUGCGCAAGGAACAGGAACAGAACAUCGACUUCGUAAAAUACCCAAUCGGCUUCAGUCUGUCCAAGUCCCGGGUGAAUAGCCUUCUGGCCUACACAGCACAGGAUGCGGAAGAGUGUCAGCUGACCAAAUCCAAGAGUGAGCAACCCCUGAUUCUUUUCCUCAUUGACAUUGACAAACGCAGUGUAACUGUACGAUCAUUCGGAAUGCAGGACAGUGUCCUGUCCAGCACCCUCAAGGCCAAGGAGGAAAACGCCCAAGUACCCAGAAAAAAAGAAAAGCGAGACCUCGGAUCUGACCAGAGUAAAACUACGACAGGCACAAAGCAAGACACGGUACCAGACCAGAGUAAAACUACAAAAGACGAAAACCAAGACACUGUACCAGACCAGAGUAAAACUACAAAAGACGAAAACCAAGACACUGUACCAGACCAGAGUAAAACUGGAGGAGAUGGAAACCAAGACACUGUACCAGACCAGAGUAAAACUGGAGGAGAUGGAAACCAAGACACUGUACCAGACCAGAGUAAAACUACAAAAGAUGAAAAGCAGGGGAAGAAGAUUGAUGGGAUGACUUUGGAGCUCCAGAGAAUCGGCGAGUCCUACAACUUCAGUUUCCAUUUGAAGAUUGGCUCCCUCGACGAAGGGCUGUACAACUUGAACUUCCACAACUGUCCCAGCAAGAGUCUUCCCUACGACCUCAACGUGGAGAUUGUGGAGCAGAAUCCAGGGGGUUACCUGUCAGCUGCAGAGAUCCCCCUCCCGCUCCUCUUCAUCUGCAUGGCCAUCAUCUUCUUCAUCGCAGCCAUGGUCUGGGUCCACACCCUCAUGAAGCACAGGUACAGCGUGUUUAAGAUCCACUGGCUCAUGGCAGCAUUGGCCUUCACAAAGUCCAUCUCCCUGGUCUUCCACAGUAUUAACUACCACUUCAUCAAUAAAGAGGGACACCCCAUCGAAGGUUGGGCUGUCAUGUACUACAUCACGCACCUGCUGAAGGGAGCCCUGCUCUUCAUCACUCUGGCUCUGAUAGGCACCGGCUGGGCCUUCGUCAAGUACAUCCUCUCAGACAAGGAGAAGAAGAUCUUCAUGAUCGUAAUCCCUCUGCAGGUCCUGGCAAACGUGGCUUACGUCAUCAUCGAGUCGACGGAGGAGGGCUCCACUGAGUACAGCUUGUGGAUGCAAGUGCUCUUCCUGGUCGACCUCAUCUGCUGCGGAGCCAUCCUGUUCCCUGUGGUCUGGUCCAUUCGCCACCUGCAGGACGCCUCCAGCACUGAUGGAAAAGCAGCUGCCAUGAACCUGGAGAAGCUGAAGCUGUUCCGGCAUUACUACGUGAUGAUUGUCUGCUACAUCUACUUCACCCGAAUCAUCGCCUACCUGCUCAAGGUGGCCAUUCCCUUCCAGUGGCAGUGGUUCUAUGAGUUCCUGGUGGAGGUCUCCACCCUCAUCUUCUUUGUGAUGACGGGGUAUAAGUUCCGACCGGCCUCUAACAACCCAUACCUGCAGCUGCCCCUAGACGAGGAGGACAUGGAGAUGGACGAAGUGCUGACUGAGUCGGGAGCACUGGAGGGCAUCUCUCGGGUGAAGAAGCUCCAGAACGGCCGUGAGAGACAGAGGGAGCCCUCCCUGUGAGUCCCUGUCUGACUCGCUCCCGGAGGGGGGAGGACCUACAGCCCCGCCCCACCCCUGCCUGUUUCUGGACUACGGCUGCAUGGCUGCCACGGCAACCUCCGCCUCUCUAUGCAAAGGGCAGACGUGGGUGUGAGCUGGGAUGGCUUCUCUCUGUCUCUGUGUGUGCGUCUCCCUCUGGCUGAAGCAGGGGGAGAGGGGUCCCCUCUGGACUCCAAACACCACCGCCAUUCCCAACUAUCCCAAAGCCCCUCUUUUCUACACCUCUGCCUCUCCUGUGUGUGUCCAUGUUAUUUAAAGAGUACCCCCGUCUGUGUUUCUGUGUUAAAUUUAAUGUGUGCGUGUGUGUACGUGCGUGCGUGUGUGUGUGUGCACCCACAUGAGUGUGAGUGUGUGAACGCACGUGAGUGUGUGUGUGUGUGUGUGUGUGCACGCGUGUGAGUGUGAGUCUGUGCACACACGUGUGUGUGUGUGUGUGUGUGCACGCACGUGAGUGUGUGUGUGUGUGCACGCACGUGUGAGUGUGAGUGUGUGCACGCACAUGAGUGUGUGAGUGUGUGCACGUGUGUGACUGUGCACGCACGUGUGUGACUGUGCACGCACGUGUGUGAGUGUGUGUGUGCACGCACGUGAGUGUGUGUGCACGCACGUGAGUGUGUGUGUGCACGCACGUGAGUGUGUGUGUGUGCACGCACGUGAGUGUGUGUGUGUGCACGCGUGUGAGUGUGUGUGUGCACGCACGUGAGUGUGAGUGUGUGCACGUGUGACUGUGUGCACGCACGUGAGUGUGAGUGUGUGCACGUGUGACUGUGUGCACGCACGUGAGUGUGAGUGUGUGCACGCGUGUGAGUGUGUGCACGCACAUGAGUGAUGAGUGUGUGAGUGUGUGUGCACGCACGUGAGUGUGAGUGUCCUGGGAAGAACCCGGAGUUACAGGUUGCUACGUAAAACCUCACGCCCAAGCCUCGAUGCAUUUACUGAAUGCCCUUUUGAUAGAUCUGACUUCGCAUACGGUUUCCAAAUACGCGUAAAAUGUAUUGACUGAUUUUACUUUUAAUUUUACUUUUAAUUUUUGAGUCACGGAGGCAGGUGCCAGUGUACCUGCUCACAGUGCUGUGAACGAUGUCAUUCAAAACCUGUCCGAAUUGUGUUCUGAUGAGGCGACUGUAAUCUGCAGCCGCUCAACCGCAGUAUCACCCCUGGUGGAGUACUUCUUAUUAUUAAAAGUGAACAGGCUUAACCAGUGGUUUAACUCUUCUGUACCGGGUACUAAAUGGGUCCUCAUUCCAGGGUAUUACGCGGGACACACGCUUAGCUUGUGUUCCCAGCCGCCUUUGAGCUGUUCUUUUCAAAUGACAAAUGCAACUUUGUAUUCAUGCUGUCAUAUUUUUUUUUUUUUUUUUUUUGGUAAUUAUACCGUACUUAUAUGAUUAUUAGAUGUUUGGUAAUUACAUGUCAUUGUGUAGGAAUUGCUUCAGUGUAUUAUUAUUAUUUUAUUCAUUUGAGCUUGACUUUAAGGUGACCUGGAACAGGGUCAUGGAUUUGAAUCUGGCCUGUGGCUGUGCCUCACAGUCCCGUUCUGCAAUGUUAUUAUGUCGCCUUGGCACCUUUUGACCGAGGGUUUCGGUUGGCAGGGUAUUCCUCUUCUCGUUAACACUACAGCGACCCCUCUGGCCAACCGGAGUCCUGCAGAUUUGUUUUAAGCACAUUUAAGGGGGAUGCUCACUCUCUCCAGACCUGGCUGAGGUUGUCCUGGGAAUGGCCAAAAAAUGCAACCAGGCUAUUCCCAAUUUUGGACAAUUGAUUUAAAAAAUAAAUGAAAAUAAUUUUUUUAAAAAGGGUCUAUAAUGUGGCCCUAUUGUCCUACCGUUUGCCCCUCAUCAGCCAAAUUAGGAUCAGCUUUAUUUAUAAAGUCAUUGGGUGCCUAGGUUUAUGCAACAGCCCAGGAUCACUGGCUGUGGUCGAAUGAAGACAAAAUGUUCUCCCAUUGUUAUUGAAAUGUUUUGUUAGUGUUGCGACCACAUUGCAGCGAAUUGUGCGAAUGUUUGGUGUUAGCCGGGGCGGGGUGGAGGCACACCUCCAGGAGAACAUCUCCAUGUUUCAUCACCUUUCCAGCAGGGUGUUCUUGCAUGGGCCUUCAGAAUGGCCUCAGCGUCUCAGUGAUCCUCCUGAGACCCCGCGGUAAAGUGUGGCUGGGUAAAAUAACAUUAUUCUGACAUCAGCCCUGUUACCAGCUUAAACCACAGGUGUGUGUGUGUGUGUGUGUGUGUGUGUGUGUGUGUGUGUGUCUCGCUUUCAAAUGAAAGAAACUCGGUGCCCGCACUCCCUCUCAGCAGCCACCAAUAGGAAUCUCUGUUGGGUUGCUAUGGGAAUCCUUGGAGCGCUUUUGCAGGUCCACCAUUAGGACAGAGGAGCAGCAGCAGCGUUGCCAUGGAAACCUCCCAGGAAAUUUAGCUGGGAUGGAGCCAGUGUCCUACUGGUCUCCUGACCAGGACAUGGAGAGAGAGAGAGAGACAUCCUUUAACGCUUCCUCAUUUCUCCACCACAACCUGUUAGAUGUAAUAUUUACUUUGUGUUUGAUUCGGUUUUCCGCUAAUGUUUGGUUUGCCCUUCUGCUGUACUGUGCUUGACUUUUUGUAGAAAUGGUGGGGAGGCCCACAUGCACAGUGUUAAACGGUGACAAUAAAAAGACUCUUGAGAUUUGAAAA